UCACAUUUAUACACAGCAGAGAUGGGAUAAGAUACUACGCAUGAACGUGCAGAGCAGUGCAGUGUCGGCGCGUGUGUGUGUGUGUAAAGAGGUGGAUGAAGUGUGUGUGUGUGUGUGUAUGUGUGUGAGAGAGAGAGAGAAAGUGGACUGCCAGUCCUGCCAAAUGCAUGCCAGUGUGAAGUAACUAGAGUGAGCGAGCUGAUGUAGCUUCCAUGACUCUUUUCCUGGAUGUUUUGUUUCAGCUGUGCAGCACGAGAAAGAGACAGAAAAAUUACGUCAACAGCCUGUCCUUAAAAUGAGGAAUAUUUUCUUCAUGUAUCAAACGAGGAUCCUGGCCUUUUAAAGGAAGACUUUUUUAAAGUUCUGCACUCACAAGAACAAGAGGAUUGUUUUUUCUCUCCAAGAUAUGAUGCAACCUUUAAAGCCUAAACCUGAGACUCUGUGACGUACUAAAAGAUUGAACAAAAAAUAUAGACGCUGAAAUAAAUGCAAUACAUGUCAGAAGGAAACGACUUUUGACAUUUUGUCAGCUGUCAAUGAAAAGAGUAUAAAGAAGACAUUUUUUUUGCGAACCCAAAAAAAAAGGAAACGAAAGGUGCACCUUCUUCCUGACUCAGACAUGAGUGUUUCACGGCCCUCUGAGGGUUUCUCUGUCCGGGGGAAAACUGGAUCCAGCAUGAGGCUCCCUCUCCACAGCGCAGGAGAUCACAAUGGAAACGCUUUCCCAAUUUCCUCCUCCUCCUCCUCCUCUUCCUCCUCCUUUCUGGGGGAGUUGUCUCCUGAGUCCCUGCGGAGUCUGAGCAGUCUCAGCGGGGGCCGGACCGACAGCCCUCUGGAUUAUGACAUGUUCGAGGUCACUCUGGUGACCACAGUGAUGACCAAAGCGGAUGAAAUGACGGGUGUUGUCGUUUCAAAGUGGGUGCCUGAGGAAGAGGAGGAGGAGGAGGAAGAGGAGGAGAGGAGUGAAGUGGAUAACAGCGAGGAUGUCUCUGCAGGUAAGAUGCACACAGCAGCAGAGGUGACAGAAUCCAACGAUAACUCUGUGUCCAUUUACCUGGACGCAAACGGUGGCGAGUCACAGUACGACACCUGUAACAACAAAAUGAUGCUCGCCCUGACGCUAAUGGCGAACAGCGGAAGUGAAAGCAGCGAGAAGAGAAGGCACGGCUCCUCAACGCCUGACUCUGAAGCAACAGAAAUCCCUGCAGAUGAUGAUGACGAUGAUUAUGACGAUGAAGAGGAAAGUUUAUUUCUCUCUGUGAGCUCUGACGUCGGUGUGCGGAGAAGCAGCACGACAUUCACAAGCGUCACAGCUUGUGAGCUCCAGGUGGAGGGGGCUGCGUUUGAGAGUGUUGCUGAAUGUGAGAGGUCGGAGACGGGGUUAGAAGAGUUCAACGUGGUCUCGCCUCUCUGUGCUGAGCCUCUUCCAUCUGAGGCUCCAAAUGAAACCCUUCAGAGUCCAGCUCCAGAGGUUAAUGACGUCACAUCACCUCCAACUGAGGAAGCUGAAAGAUGUGAAGUAUCCACCAAAAAAACCCAACUGAACACCAGAGCAGCAAAAACCAAACCAACAAAUACAACUUCAAAUGCUCCAAAAACAGCAACAUCCACAGCGGCCAUAAGAUCCAGUCAGGAGGCGAAGAGAGUCUCCAGACCGGAUCUAACGAAUGUAAAGGCCAAAGUGGGGUCUCGCUUGAACACGUCUCCUACUAAAACACCAAUCAAGCAGAACAAAUCUGCUCCAGCCAACUUGAAGAGAGUGGCUCCCAGGAAGGAUGAAAAACUUAAAGAGGAGGGCGAGAAAAAACAAAGAUCGUCAGCAGGUCCAGUCAGAGUCGCCGGCGUGAUGAAAUCCGUCAGAGAUAAAAGCAGCAACCUCAAAAGCAACCAACGGACGACGUCUAGUGACUCCGCUCAGCCGGAGAAGAAGAGUGUGCCCAUCAAUCAAAAACUGUCUGCCUCUACCAGCUCUCUGGGGUCUGAGGAAGGACCCCCAGGCCCCCACAGGAGGGCUGUCCAGGACGUGCCUGAUGAUGAAGGUGUGGGGACUAAAAACAAGAUGAAAGAGUCUCAUGGAGAGUCUGCAGUGGAGAAACAGAGGACUCCUAUCAGGAAAGUCUCAUCCAAGCUGGGGCCCAAUGCCAGGCAGCAAGGGAGUAAGGGGACCUCUGGACAGGCUCUGCCUCCUCCAGGGUCAGGGACUGGACCUCCAGGGACCAGACAGACCCAAAGUGAGGGCUCCACGCUGAAGGAAGGAGGACAGAGCGGCGGGGGAGGAUCUCCAACCAGACGGAGGCCGAGUCACAGUCAGAGUCCGGGUCUCCCCAAACCUCGCACAGUAGCAGAGAAAGCAUCCACAGCAGCUUCCCCUAGUCCCACUACGUCCAACUACAAACCGACAACCAAUCAGCAGCCAGCGUCGGGGACGGGUGGCAGACCUGCCGCACCGACCACCGCAUCAAAACUUCCUGUUAAAGGAUUAACAACAAGUCUCAGCUCCUCCUCACUGGGAAGCAACGAGAACAAUGGAGGCACGAAAGGACCAACAGGGACAAAGCCAGAUGAGCGACCCAGCAGGAGCACUCUCCCUGAGGGCAGCCAGAGUGCAGCAAAGCCCCUCGUCUCCACCAGCACCAGUACUCCCAGUGAAGCAGCUCCCAGUACAAACAGUGGAGUCACUGCAGCUCUAAAACUUCCUGCCAUGAGGAGCAGAGCUCUGUCUCUGCAGGCCAGGUCCCCUGCUACAGGUCUGAAGGCCCCGUCUGUCACCAACUACAUCACGGCAAAGACGUCAGCCACCAAUCAAACGGCAGCCAAGACGCCUCCUGCCGCCGGGCAAUCGCUCGUGAAGCAGGCAUCCCAGAAUCCCUUGCAGAGGAGGGGCUCUGCGAGGCUCAGUCGACUGAACAGCACAGUGGACAAAAACAAACCUCGGGAUGUUCCUGCAAGACCCACAAACACCAGCAGCGGCUCACAGGGAGCAGAGCCUGCAGGAGGAAACAACCAGAACCAUCAGCAACCUCCACCAGAGGUCCCAGAAGUGGUGAAAGCUAACACACCAGUGACACCAGUACCUGCCGCUGAUACCACCACCACUACCACCGGGUCAGGAACCACCGGAGCCUCUGGUCUGGGGUUCAAAGCCAGAACAGGGUCACGGUCCAGCCCCAGAACUGGAUCCCGACUGCAGACUUCAUCGAGGCCGGUCUCAGCCGGAGCUGUUGUUGCGGGGGAUGGGGCGGUGCAGACUAAACCAAACCAGAGCAAAGAGCAGGCGGAGAAGAAGAACCAGGCCAUCAACCAACUGAGGAAGCUGCUCAUCCAGGGGAACAAGAAGGUGGAGGCUCUGGCUACAGUCAUCCAACAUCUCUUCACUGAGCGUGAGGAGUCCAUGAAGCAGAAGAAGGAGCUGUCACUGGAGCUGGCAAACCUCCGAGAUGAGCUGGUGGCGUCAGCUCAGUGGUGCAAGCAUCUGCAGAAGGAGAAAGAGGAGGUGCGUGCCAGCCUGGAGGAGGCCCUGAAGAGGCUGGAGGAGCAGCACAAGGGGGAGCUGGUGCAGCUGGAGGACAGAUUGAGGAGUUUUUACCAAACAGAGUGGGACAAAGUCCACCAGACGUACCAGGAGGAGGCCGACAAGUGCCGCCUGCUGAUGGAGCAGCAGGUGGACGAGCUGAGGAGCCGACAAGAGACGGAGAGGAAGAACCAGGAAGUGAGUCACAGCCAGAACAUGGAGUCCCUAAAACUGGAGUAUGAAACAUCUAUAGGAGAGCUGAAAAGGAUUCAUCACACAGAUCUGGAGAAUCUCCAGAAAGCGGUGAAGGAGACUGAAGCGUCGCUCACUGAGAAAGUAUCGGAGCUGUCGGCAGAAAAGGAUGCUCUGAACGAGAAGCUGAAAGCAGAAGAGGAGAGGAGGAGACACAUACUCAGCGACAAGAAUCUGAAGGACUCCCACACGGUGUACCUGGAGCAGGAGCUGGAGAGUCUCAAGGUGGUGCUGGAGAUCAAGAACACCCAACUGCACCAGAAGGACAAGAAGCUGAUGGAGAUGAACAAACUGGUGGAGACUAACGUGAAGCUAGAGGAGUGUUUGAAUAAGGUCCAACAGGAGAACGAGGACUACAGGGCCAGGAUGGACAAACACGCAGCUCUCUCCAGGCAACUGUCCACCGAGCAGGCCAAACUCCAGCAGACGCUGCAGAAGGAGUCCAAGGUCAACAAGCGUCUGUCCAUGGAGAACGAGGAGCUACUGUGGAAACUGCACAACGGAGACCUGCUCGCCAGUCCCAGCCGCCGUCUGUCACCCACCUCACCCUUCGGCUCGCCCCGGAACUCUGCCUCCUUCCCCACAGCUGCACCCGUAUCGCCGAGAUAACCCCCGACAAACGACGAACACCAUCCCAUCCCUCUGCUCAUCGACCUCCUGACUCGAAGACUUCCGUCUCAGCGGUGUCGUUGGAUGUUGGUGUUGAACUUGUAAUUAAGAAAAAAAAUUAUAUUAAAGACUCUUAUUUUGAAAGUGAAAUGACAUUGCAGUGGCACCGAUGCACUUAAGUGUGAGCGUGGGACUAGCCUUGCUCUCUAUCAAGAGCCUGUUCUCCCACAAACUUUUCUUCUUUUUCUGAAGAAAACCUAAACAACAGGCACAUCUCAGGGUCUGUACAUAUCGCCUCACUCUCGUUGUGACUAUCCUUAAACGUUUUAUUUUGGUUGUUAUGUUGUAAAGUUAAAGCUCAGCUCAUCCUUAUCGCUCAUUAUAGCCUCUUUUUUGAAGGCGCAGGGUGAGAACAAACCUUGGAUUUGAGGCGUUUGUGGAAACAGACUCUGAGUUGUUUGGGUUUGGUGAAUCAUAAGGCAAAAAGGAAGAGGUACUUUUGGUGGAUUAGCGUGGAUUCUUUUUUUUGCCUUUUUCCUUCUUUUAAAGAGGACGUUAUUUCUCCCCAAAGAGCGAGGCUCAAUCAUGGAUCUGCUUUGUAUCUCUGGAUGAAGCACACGGACUUGAUGUGCUCCUGUUGGAGGAAACGAGAACAAAUAUUCAGUUUGUUGAUCCGAGGAACUUUCCUGAAUUACUGACAUGAACCUUUGAUCCAAUGGAUGUCUGUUCCUUCUGUGAGCUCCUCACAACCUCUACCUUAAUCUACUUUGUGGAAUGUAAUCACCCUUGGAUGUUAAAUCUGAGCAGGCCAGUGCAGACUCUCUCACACACACACACACACACACCUUCUCAGAGCCAAAUAUGCAGUUUAUUUAAGUGUUCAUCCCCCUCCUCGGCUCUUAUAUCCCUUCAUCUCUUUUUAGUAAAGACACACAAUCCCACACAUCCUCUGAAAACGCCUUGUGCCCAAAGAGAAAUAAGACAAAGUUGAACCAAUGACUGAUCAUUUAUUUAUCCGUCUUUGCUUUGAGUCACUUAUUCAAUCAUCAGUGAUCAUUUCCACAGAGAAAUCUCCCUUAAACCAACACUCUGGUUUGACUAAUCCCAACAAAUAAAACUUUGUGUGUCUGGUGUUCAUCCUGGAAACCUCAGAUGUACCCGUAUUGCCUCAGUGUACCAUGUUCUGCUUUACUUUGGACACAGAAUAAAUACAGUAUGAAAUAUGA